AUGAAAUCACUAUCCUGGGAAGAAAGGGGCAUACGUGUUGAUGUAAGAUUUCUUUUGAACCUUUGUUUCGCGGACGACAUCGUUCUCUUUUCGAGCAGUACCAAUGAGGCAGAAACGAUGCUCAACGAAUUGAACGAAGCAGGGAAGAAAAUAGGACUACGAAUAAACAGAAAGAAAACACAGUUCAUGAAGAACGCCCACUGCGACGACGGAGGAGUACAACUUGAAGGCUCCCAAAUCGUGAAAACUCCGUCAUACGUAUACCUCGGACGUUCUAUGAACAUGGAAAACGACUUGAAGGAAGAACUGAAUAGAAGAAUGAGAGCAGCAUGGGCAGCAUUCGCAGCCGUCAGGGAAGCUACGGACCAACUGACGAACCAAGAUCUUCGUGCCCAACUGUUCGACUCGACAGUCCUUCCAGCGCUCUGUUACGCAGCGGAGACGUGGGCAGACACCGCGGUCACGUCUAGGAAGCUACUUACUGCCCACAGAGCCCUUGAGAGAUGUCUCCUGAAGUUUAACUGGCGCACGCAACACCUAGCCGGUCUUCGUAGCUCCGACUUAAGAGGAAUGUCCCGUCUUCGCGAUCCAGCGGAAUAUGUAUCGAAAGCAAAACAUAGAUGGGCCGGUCACAUCAUGAGAAGAAUCGACGAUAGAUGGACUAAAAGAACGCUAGAGUGGAUCCCAAGGGACGCUAAACGCCCCCGAAGGAGACCGCCAACGAGAUGGGGUGACGUGUUCGCUGCACGGAUGGACCAGCUGAGAGCUCAGCUGGAUACGGCUCAAGGACCUCGUCAACGUCACUCACGAAGCUUGAGAACAUCUUGGAUGACAAUGGCGAGGGGACGAAACGAGUGGAAGAGAUGCUGGGGCCCGCACGUCCAGUGA